AUUUAUGUGUCUUUUGCUAUGUUUUUGGAAGUUAUGAUUCAUAGUCACUGGAACUGCAAUAGUCUUUAUCAUAUAUUAUCGGUUGGUAGGAAUUUGUAAGAGGCAUACAGCUAGUAUGUGGACAAAACUCUAAAUAUGUGAGCCGCAGCAUACUUUACAAGCUUGAUCCAUUGUGACCAGAAUACUUGCUCAUGUAAAGAAAUUUCAUAGUCCGUAAUACUUAUUCUGGUUUUUCCUUCGCCUUCUUCAUAUCCGUACACCUUUCAUAACUUAUACGGAGACUUUACUACGAACUUAUCUGUAUACUUAUUAGCUAUUUCCAUAUCCAGUCACUCCAUCAAAAAUCACCAGAAUACCAGCAUUGCUUAUGCCACUUUUUGAAAUUACCUCUGGCAUUCCGAUAUGAUUCCCUAACCUAUUCCAGCCAGUGAUUUUUAGAUCUUCUAUACCCUUGCUUGCUUGCACUUCCGUACCCCUAUAGAAACGUUCGAUAAGGCCAAUACUAUGACAAACAACAUUUUAUCAAUAAGAACAAUAUGAUUACGAUGAUAGGAAAAUGAUCCGACCACAAAAUAUCAUAUUUAACAAAUACACAACACACAGUGACUUCGGCUGUUCGAGAUAACACACCCAGCACUCACUUACUUGAGUGCUCACUUGUGCACACACUCACUUGUUUAAUGCAUGUAAAUAUGUCAAAGGCUAAGCCCAACAUUUUUAUAUCAACAAUUUGAAAUCAUUACAAAUAAUUGUCAAUUCUUAAAAAAAUAAUUCAGUUAGAUGAGCAUUAAAAUCCCCUAACGUAUAAAUAGGUACGUUGUUAUAGUCAUUACUAACUAUACUUACGGUGCCCAAAUAGUCCGUAACGGCCUACCUGCCUUAGUUAGUUUAUAUACCGGCAUAGGAACACUCCUCACUAUAUGGUGUAAUAACUAAUAACACUUGCGGAUAAGAAGAAUUUAUUACUGUAACACUAGGAAACACAUUGGGAUUCCAUAGCAGCGCCAUCCACGCAGUGACCCACGGUUCACCACCUAACAUACCUUCGGCAGGGUAAAUAGCAAACGUAUCGGCACAACUAAAUCCAGUUCAUUAGGGAACAUUUACCUCACCACCUCUUGUAGCGUUAAAGUCGGUAUUCAGGUAUGCCACUUACUACUCUCUUGUAUUUUUUUUGGAUUAGAGGACAAGGGUUCGUUUGCUGGCGUGAAGAAGUCAGUUUUUCUAUUUUCAUAAUGUAUAAAUCCCUUUAUAUGUAAAUCCUACAGUAAGUCAGUAAGAUUCGGAGUCGAUAUUUAGCACGCAAUUAUAUAUAUCUUAUAUUAUACCUUUUUAACUGAUAUAUUAUGAUGUGGAUAUAAGUACGCUGUUGAUAUGAUAAAACACAUACAAUUCUCUGAAAGCAAAUAAUAUUUUUUUCAGCUCCCGAACUUUACUAUGAUAGGAAAUAAAAUAAACACAUAAUAAUCAAUUAUUUGAUUAUAUUAAUUAAGAAUUCGACCUCGGUUUAAAUAAUAAAUAUUAAAAUUUAUUUCUGACAUACUCGUGUACGUACGAAUAAGUCGUAUAGAUCACUUCCGCAAUACAAAAAUAAACUAAACAUUAAUCAAGAUUUAAAAAAUACAACUAAAUAUAAAAGUUCAUAAAUCUCCUACAAAUCAAUUUUAAAUUAUUUUUAACAAUACUUGGACGAUAAGUACUUUGUUUUCACAAAGAAUUCUCCAUAUUUUUAUGUAUUGCUUCAUUAUUUGAAGGCCAACUAGAUACAUUUUUUAUAUCGGCAUUAUUUUUUACUAGUGCGACUAGUUUGGGUCGAAGCAGCAGACAAAAAUCUUGCAGACCUGAGGUAAUGCCAAUCAUGUAAAUCGUUCCGUUAGAGGUUUUGUUAUAAAUUAUUACUGUGAUAAGUGAAAACAUGAAUUUCUACUGGUCUUUAUUUUUGGUGGUUUUUGUUACACCGUUUGGCGAAUCGGCUAAUAUACUAUAUGUGAUACCGUUUACAUCUAAAUCACAUUAUAUUAUGCUGAGGCCCAUUGGGCUGGAGUUGGCACGAAGAGGUCACAAUGUAACUGUUAUUACUGCUAAUAAGGAGGAGAAUCCUCCACCCAAUUACCACGAAGUGAUGGUUGACGAUAAAAAAAUAUGGGAAGUUAUCGGUGGCGAAAGAUCUAAUGUAUUUACAAUGGUCCAACUAUCGGCGGAAAGGUUUCACGGAAAUAUAUUGUGGAAUGGAGGCGUAGCAUUUACUGAAGUAACCCUCAACUCAACGAAAGUCAAAAGUUUUCUGAAACAAGAUAUAAAAUUUGAUUUAGUUAUAUGCGAACAAUUCUUCCAAGAAGCUUUGUAUGCCCUUGCGCAUAAGUAUAAUGCACCACUCGUAUUGGUGACUACUUUUGGGAACUGUAUGAGACACAAUAUACUGGUUCGAAACCCUUUACAAUUAGCUACUACUGUAUCAGAAUUUCUGGACAUUGAAAAGCCCGGGAGUUUUUGGGGACGACUUAGAAACCUGUAUUUCACCGCAUACGAAUUUCUAUGGUGGAAGUUUUGGUAUAUGGAAAAGCAAGAAGAUCUUGUAAAGACAUAUAUAUUUAAUUUACCACAACCAGUCCCGUCAUUGUUUGAAAUCCAAAAAAACAGUUCCCUCAUUCUAUUAAACAGUCAUUUCAGUUAUGAUGUUCCUAUGGCAUUAUUGCCUAAUGUGGUUGAAGUGGGAGGUUUGCAUUUGACCAAAACUGAAAAAAGUCUUCCUAAAGACUUACAAAAGCUUUUGGACGAGUCCCAUCAUGGGGUUGUAUACGUUAAUUUCGGGUCUAAUGUACAAAGUAAUGAACUACCAGCAGAAAAACGAGAUGCGUUCUUGAAUGUCUUUAGAAAAUUAAAACAAACUGUUCUAUGGAAAUGGGAAGAUGAUAGUUUGAAAGAUGCACCCAGUAAUUUGGCAGUAAGACCGUGGCUACCCCAAAAAGAGAUCUUAGCGCAUCCAAACAUAAAAUUGUUCAUAUCACAUGGCGGUCUAAUCGGAACACAGGAAGCUAUCUACAACGGUAUACCAAUAAUAGGCAUACCCAUAUAUGCGGACCAAUUCAACAAUUUACUUAUAGCUGAAGAAAGAGGAUUCGGAAAAAUACUGAGAUUCCAGGACAUCAAGGAAAAUAGACUCGAACAGCUAAUUAAGGAUGUUCUUCAUAAUAAAACCUACGCAGUCAAUGCUAAAUUAAUAUCUGAAAGGUUUAAAGACAGGCCGCUUAAUGCUUUAGAUACGGCCAUGUAUUGGCUAGAGUUUGUAAUACGAUACAAAGGUGCUGAAUUUAUAAAAAAUCCAGCAAGACAUAUGACCUGGAUGGGAUAUAAUAUGUUAGAUGUCUACGCUUUUAUAUUAAUGGUUUUAGUUGGUGCAGUUUCCAUAAUACUCUACGCUGUUUUGCAUCUCACUCAUAUGUUACGGUUUAAUAAUGUUUCGAAACAAAAGAAGAUGAAUUAGUAAUGACGACCUUAGCGAAGUCUGCGUUUAAUGACACUGCUUUAUCCUAGCUCCUAUGAGUAACAUUCUAAGCGCUAAGUACUAAUUCCAAAGUCCAAUACUGUUAAGACUAUUGUCAUUACUGUAUAGGACUUUGGAAUUGGAUUUUGAAAUACGUCAUAGUUUAUGCUAAGUUCCGACUUUGGGUCUUAUUGUGCGUUAAUACUUCGUAUUUAUUACAUUAGGUUCAGCGGUUUAUGUAUAGCAGGUAAAUCGUUGCGAUUUUUAACUCACUCGAGAUUUCAUCACGCAAAUAUUAACGAACGAAAAAGGAAGCUUAAAACAAAAUUAAAAUCGCAUUGUUAUUUUGUUACUCAUAAGCACUACUACCACUAUACUGUUUGUCUUUGAGAUUCGAUCCGCACAAACAAAAUGUCGAUGGGCUGAUAAAAUGUACCUAUACAGGACUUGGAGAUUAAUGAUGCUAUAUUUUAAUUUUUCGGUAUAGAAUAAUUUAAAUAAUGAUUCUUUAAUAAAAUAUAUUUGAGUU